ACCCGAACUCCGGAUAGCCAAUAAGAAUGUCGACAAUGCAUAGCAUGCUUUGUUGAAAAAUUUAAAUAAAUGUGCACUAAAGGCUUGAUAGAUAUCAUUUUUUAUUUGUGAUCUAUCGAUCAAACAGAAUCAGUGUGAUAAACGUCUUAAUUGCAAAAGAGGACAAAAAGAUUAUAAUCUUUGUCAUACUUAUUUAGCCUAAUAAAUUGUUAACCUAACCUUCAAAUUUUUGUGUAGAAUAACAUUAGAAAGAAGUUUUUAAACAAGAUGAAGGGUAAAAGGAUUAAUUGGAAGCCAGUAGAACUUGAUCAAGCCCUAUUUUCCAACGGAAUUCCGGAAGGACUUGUAGCUAUCGAAGAAUGUACAGAUUAUGACCUGAAUGUGUUUCAGUCCCAACCUUUGGAAACAAAGAAGAGGAAAAAUGUAGAACAGAGAUAUGCCAAUAAGAAAAAACCCAAACUUUUAAAAUCAUUCAAGUCAGCAUGUGAAAAUGAUCUAGAUUUAAUUCCCUCAAAAUGUGGUUCAACAUUUAUAGAAAGUUCGGCAGAAGAUGAAGAAGUAAAGAACAUGGAAGCAUGGCAUAAAUUUGGUUUACAAGAAAGCCUUAUAAAAGCUCUUGCUGAUCAGAACUUUUUAUAUCCUACUCAUAUUCAAGCGCUCACCCUUCCUUCAGCAAUUCUUGGAAAGAAAGACAUUCUGGGUGCAGCAGAAACUGGUAGUGGUAAAACAUUAGCUUUUGGCUUACCAAUACUUUCAGGAAUAUUGAAACGAAAGGAGCUAUUAGAUCAUAAAUCAUCUGAUGAAUUUAACCCUCUUAAUGCUUUAAUUCUAACACCAACAAGAGAGCUUGCAAUUCAAGUUAAGAAUCACCUGACAGCAGCUGCCAAAUACACAGAUAUAAAAAUAGCAGUUGUUGUUGGGGGAAUGUCUGCAGAAAAACAAGAAAGACUUCUUAGUAAAAAUCCUGAAAUAGUUGUUGCAACUCCAGGACGAUUAUGGGAAUUAAUUCAGCUUGGAAACUCUCAUUUGUCUUCAAUUGACAAAAUUAGGUUCUUAGCAAUAGAUGAAACUGACAGAAUGCUAGAAAGAGGCCACUUUCAAGAAUUACAUGAUAUUUUAGAAAAGAUAAAUUUAAUGCAAAAUGAGCAGAAAAACAGGCAAAAUUUCGUAUUUUCUGCAACACUUACAUUAGAACAUGAAUUACCAAAACAUUUACUUCUUAAAAGAGGCAGAAAGAUAAAUAAAUCAUCUUCAGAAUAUAAACUUAAAAAAAUAAUAGAACUUAUAGGCAUGACAAAUCCUAAAGUAGUAGAUAUUACUGAUAGAACAGGUAAAACAGUCCAAACAUUAACAGAAUGCAGAAUUUCUUGUAGCAUAGAUGAGAAAGAUUACUACAUAUACUACUUUUUGAAAAAGUAUCCAGGAAGAACUUUAAUAUUUUGCAAUUCCAUUGGCUGUGUUAAAAGGCUAAAUAGUUUAUUAUCUGUCUUACAAAUUAAUGUUUUACCACUUCAUGCUUCAAUGCAGCAGAGACAACGUUUAAAAAAUUUGGACAGAUUUAGAGAUGAUCCACAAAGUAUAUUAAUUGCGACAGAUGUUGCUGCUAGGGGUCUAGAUAUUCCAAGUGUAGAUCAUGUUCUACACUAUCAAAUGCCUAGGACAAGUGAAAGUUAUGUUCACAGAUCAGGCCGAACAGCUAGGGCUUCAAAAGACGGAAUUACUGUACUUUUAAUAGAUCCCUCCGAACUUCAAAGCUAUUUACGUUUGUGUAGAACGUUAGGGAAAGGGGAAGAUAUGCCAUUAUUUCCAGUACAACAAAACAUUCUCGCAGCUGUUAAACAGAGAGUAAAUUUGGCAAGAGAAGUUGAAAAAUUGGAGCUUCAAAAUCGUAAGAAAAGCUCUGAAAAAGGAUGGUUACAAAAAGCAGCUGAUGACAUGGACAUAAUUUUAGAUGAUGAUUUGGUUAAGGAAGAGGAAGAUAAUUUUCUGGAUUCAGCAAACUCUUUAAAGUAUGUUCAAAAGAAACGAAAACAACUUGCAGAUCUAUUGAAUAAACCGGUGUUUACAAUUGGCUUUUCUGGGAAAUAUCCUACUCUUAUGAAUGCAUCGAAUUUGUUAUUAAUUGAAGAAAACGAUAAAGCUAUAAACGUCGCAAAAAAUGCCGCAGAAUCCAAAACAGGACGCUUAAAAGCCAAAUGGUUAUUUAAAAAAGGAAAUUAUAAAAGUGACGAAAAAGGGAGAAAGAAAACCGACAACAAAAACAUUCAAAAAAGGAAGAAGAAGACAUUAAGGGACAAGCAAAGCUCAAAAAAUAAAAUAUAUAAAUUUAAGCAUGUUAACAAAUAAAGCAAUAAAUGGUUUUUACUUUA